AUGGUCACUGUGUACGCUGAUGGGUCCUUUGACAUUCGACCGCUGGCCGCAGAAUCGCGAUGUACCCCUACCAGUGUGGCAGCGCAUGCUCUGUACGAGAAGUCUAGACCUGAUAUAUUGCAUGGACCUGGGGGAUAUCUUGAUCUCAACACCGCCACGUACACAUCGCUUUCUGAUGGUAUCAGUGUGCGAACUUUCGGCUCCGAAUUUGUUUGGUCCAAGAGCCAAGGCCUUCCCUAUACAAUCAAAUUCGAAGCGGCGAGGGUGGUUGGUUACCGAGGAAUUUUCAUGGGUUCUUUCUGUGACCCCAUUCUCAUCCGGCAGUUACCCUCGCUACUUGACCGUGCAAAGGCCUACGUCAAACAGAAGCAUGCGCAUACUCGGGAAAAGUGGGAGGUUGAUUUCCACGUGUACGGUUUUGAUCUCGACGGGAACGAAAGGACCUCAACAGGAGAUGUUUUUAUUGUCGGAGAGGCACUUGCUGAGACCCAAGCUCUAGCAAAUAGCGUUACAUCAUCCGCCCGUGUCGCUUGUGUCCAUGCACCGUACGAAGGGCAGAAAGCAAACAGCGGAAAUUUCGGCAUGGGAAUAGGUGGGAAGCUGGAGGUCGAGAUGGGAGCUUGCGCCGAGUUCUCGAUAUAUCACUUGGUAGAGAUGGAGGAAGGGGAGGAAGGGGAGGAAGAGGCGACAACGGUCGGUCAGGACGCCGCUGGCCAGCGAGGGCAGAGCAAUGCAUUGAAGCGCCUCACACGAUGGGAAAUGCUUCUUUUAGGUACUGGUCCCCGAAUUGAUCGUCAAAAGUCUCUCCACCCAGCGAGCGACGACGCUUGUGGUGCGAAUCAUAUUCAUCCUACUACUACCGAUUCUUCAAAUCCCAAGCCACUCGUGCCGAUGGCAGGUACAUUUAGUCUCGGAGAGAUCGCCAAAGUAGUUCGCUCCAAGAACGCCGGACCGUUCGAAAUUACCCUAGACGUUAUGUUCGAUAAUGCGGCAGUCUAUGAGCAGAUUAAAGAGACCGGGGUCCUCACACCAGCGAAGAUCGCAGAGCUCUACGAUAUCUCUGUUGAUAGCAUUGUGUGGUGUGGCUUUUUUGAUCAAGCGCUUGCAUUCAAAGCGACCAUUCCCAGAAGCAGAAAUGGGAAGCCGAAUGCUUCAGGGGGAUUCAUGGAGAAUGACGUCCAUGGGUCUCAGAACCAUCUGCCUUUGUUUAACCUCGCCAUUAAUCUACGUAGGCAAGCCUAA